AAAGCUUACUCAACGCGUGCGGAUACUGUUCAUUCACUUGGUACUAGUGCUUGGUUUGAACUCAAACAAGUAUUAUAAUUAAAUCAAUAAAAAAUAUAAUACACGCCACAGAAAUGACUCUUCUUGAAAAGUUCAACGCCGACGGAUUUUGCGUACUGGACGGAUUCCUAUCAUCGACCGAAGUCGACGAGCUCCGCGCCGAAUGUAAUCAACUAAUCAAAAACAUGCCGGCCGAAUCUGACCGCACAAUAUUUAGCACUGUCGGCUCGGAAACCAAACAAAACAAGGAGAAGUAUUUUAUGGACAGCGCUGAUAAAAUAAGCUACUUUUUCGAAGAAGGCGCUUUGGAUGAAAAGGGCGCGUUGAAAGUAGCACCAGAAGUAUCUCUGAAUAAAAUUGGCCAUGCCCUACACGUUUUAAAUCCCGUUUUUAAAAAGUACACGUUCAACGAACGCGUCAAAGAAGCAUGCUUUCAACUUGGUUUUAAGGAGCCCGCCAUUGCUCAGAGCAUGUACAUUUUCAAGAAUAAACAGAUCGGCGGUGAAGUUACGCCACAUCAAGACGCAUCCUACCUGUUCACGGAUCCUUUGAAGGUCGUGGGACUCUGGAUAGCGCUGGAUGAUGCCACGGUAGAAAACGGAUGUCUUCAGUUUAUCCGUGGGUCUCACAAGGGUGGUGUCCAUCGUCGUUAUAUUCGUAACCCUGAUAAAUCAUCGCCUGAGUUGAUGAUUUAUGAUAAACCAGCGCCGAUUUAUCCUAAAAAUCACUUUGAACACAUUCCAGUAUCCAAAGGUUCGUGUAUAUUAAUCGAUGGGAAAGUUGUCCAUGCUAGUGAACCGAACAAAUCAACGAAAUCACGACCGAUUUACACGUUCCACGUGAUCGAAACGAAAGAUACGAAGUAUUCGGAACUUAAUUGGCUUCAACCACCAUCGGAUAAUCCCUUCAUGAAAUUGUACCGCAAUUAAAUGUUAUAAAAUAAAUAAAUAAAUAAAUAAUUUUGUUACUAAA